AUGUUGCGCUGUUCGGCAUGUCCUAUAAGCGCAACUCCCUUCAUUACAGUCGAGGAAUUAGAGGUUCAUAUAGCUGCAGAUCAUGUAAACUACGUCCCUUAUGAGUGUGAAAAGUGUAGGUUCUCGAAAUUUCCAACGGAAUUCGCUUUAGUGAGCCAUUGUAUGAAUGAUCAUGGUCUCAAGGAAUUUUAUGUGCGGUAUAAAGUCACUCCGGAAACGGAAAAGAAACGUGCUCUAGUCAAAGAGUUGUUACAAAAGUCACUCUUAAUUUCUGGAGGUAACGAUACUAGUCGCCCAACGAAACGGAAGAGGCCUUGCGCUGUUGAAGUAGUUCACAGUUCAACGUCAGCUUUAUCUCCUUGUAGUUCUCUAGAAUCGGAAGAAAAUCAAACUAAUAAUGAAUUGGACAAACCCACAAAAAGCGAGUUUGAUAAGGAUGGCGCUUGCGAGAAUGAUGCUGAUGUAAUUGAAAGAAGUGAAGGCCAGCAUGUAGUCGUUGCCGCAAGCGGCGAGAUAACACUUGCUAGUAACAAUUACCCCGUCAUAACGUCAGUUGGCGAGUUAUUCCCAAAUAGCUCAGGAUCAUUUUUUGACUUUGGGUUAAAGAAUUUCGAUUCUUUGGGGGAUCUCUCGCAUACUUUUUUGGCUCAAGAAAGUUUAUCUCACCAAACUAAUAAAACUCGUCGAAGACCCCCCAGAACGUGUACUAUCUGUGGGCUGCAAGUAACUGGGCAACGGUCGUCACUUGUUUAUCACGCAAAUUCAAAGCACCUGAAACUCCCUCUCUUCCACUGUCGGCAGUGUAACAAAACUUGGAGCACAGUUACAAAAUCCGACAUCAUAAAACAUGUGAAAGCAGUCCAUAACGGUGAUGACUCCGGUAUUGAGGACUAUCGUUCUCAGCACACUGAUCAAAUACGGGCAAUGACGGAUAAGUGUUUUCCGGCAAAAAACAAAGGCGUAAAUGAGGAUGAAGAGGUGGACACUGCGGUAACAACAGAUCCUUUAAUGUGGCUCAAUAACGAUGAGACUCCGUCUACGUUAUGA